CCCUUCUUUGAUGUUUCGUUCUUUUCGAAAUCUACACAGGAGAUCACCAUCUCUCACUUCUCACCGCACCUUCCACUCAAGCGUAGCCGCCGCCAUGAAGCACCAUCUCAUGAUCGGAACAUGGACACCGCCUGGAGCAAUUUUUACUGUUGCAUUCGAUGACGAGAAGCUUACAUUGGAAUUGGUCAAGCGGACAGAGAUCCCAGAGGACCAACCGAUAUCAUGGAUGACAUUCGAUCAUGCUCGCAAAAACAUCUACGGCGCUGGAAUGAAACAAUGGGGCUCUUACCAAGUGACCUCCCCAGCUGAGAUCACCCAUACCAAAUCCCUCCCCAUGGGCGGCCACCCUCUGGCCAACUCACCGGACACCAAAACCCGAGCAAUCUUCGUCCUGGCCGCACAGAAACCACCCUACGCAGUCUACGGCAACCCCUUCUACGACCACGCCGGCUUCCUCAACGUCCACUCUGUCGACGCAUCCGGAGCCUUAGCAGAAAACAUUCAAAAUGUCCCCUUGGAUGAACGCUCCGCAAUCCACGGCAUGGUCUUCGACUCUGCAGAAGAAUACCUCUACUCAGCCGACAUGUGGUCCAACAAAAUUUGGACUCACAAGAAGAACCCUUCAGACGGGACACUCGAAUUAGUCGGUAGCAUUGAAGCUCCAGCUCCAAAUGAUCAUCCUCGCUGGGUCGAGAUCUCUCCGAAUGAUGGGUACCUCUACGUUCUUAUGGAAGCAGGAAAUCGCCUAUGUCAAUACUCCAUUGACACCAACACACACCUUCCAACCUACACCGAGAAAUCCUACCCUCUCAUCCCACCAGGAAUGGACACCUCUUUCCCAAAAAUGUACCGCAGCGACGUGGUCUUCCGAUCACAUUCCGGAAACUACCUCUUUGCCACUUCACGCUCGAAUUCCCCAUCUUUGACAGGGUACAUCGCAGCAUUCAAACUCAGCAAAGACGGCGCUAUAGAACGACAAAUUUGUCUCAAUCCUACACCGACGAGUGGAGGGCAUUCAAACGCCGUGAGUCCAUUCCCGUGGAGUGAUGAAUGGGUUGCUUUGUGCGAUGAUGAGAAGGGUUUCGUGGAAGUGUAUAGAUGGAAAGAUGAAUUCUUGGGAAGGGUGGCGCAUUUGGAUAUUAAGGAACCUGGGUUUGGGAUGAAUGCGAUUUGGUAUGAUUGAGGACGCAGUGUGAGAUGUGCAUGUUUCGGAUAGACAGCAAUAGAUGCGCAAUGUAUUGCGAGAGGCGAAUACAACAUUCUGCAACUCAAUCGUCUUGUAAAUCAACCAGUACACUGAUUGCUAAGGCUAUAGAUGAUAUAAAACGGGAAGAGUGAUGAGUGAGAACAUUGCGAAACUGCACCACGAUCCUUAUCAAGGUCUGUCUCAGUCAGCAGAAGGCAGCUUCGAUUCUUU